AUGGAGGUCCACACACACGGUUGGCCCGAGCAUCUGUCCGACGACGCCGUGAAGAAGAGGCUCCAGCCAUUCAUGGAUUCUUUGGGCAUUGAAGAGCACACCUUCAGCUGUGACAAGUUUCGGAGACAGAAGUGGGCCAAUCUGACCUUUCUCGACGUCAACAAGGCCCAAGCAUUCCUGCGCCAAUACGGCGAGCAGAUUCUACCGCCGACGGCCCAGCCAGCCAAUGGUCCCCCGAUCAAUGGCUUUCGCAACCAUAGACCUGCGAGGCGUGUGCAGCGAAGAGCCAGGCUGCAACUCAUGGGCUGCGAAAUAUUUUGCUCCAAGAGCAACAACAAGCAAAGGAUCGACCCCAACGCCGUUCCCGGAGAGCCCAACGAAAUUACCCUACGAGGCUUGAGGCAUGCUGCUGCGGAGAAGGCCAACCCAACUCGCCGAACCGAGACCGCCAAAGGCCCCGUGGUUUUCGAAGUCACCUCAAUCAGCUGUGGGCACACGGCCUUUGUCGGCGAAGAGCUUGUCUACAUCCCCGAGGUCGAGUUCCAGGACAUGGGCGUUGCGAAGUUUACCAACCAGAUUCUGCUCAUCAAACUUGAAAGCCAUCGCGUGAUCAAGAUCCCUCUCGAGACUGUCCAAGAUCUUGUCUGCAGCUUCCAGCAUACUCUCACGUUGACCGUCACUGAAGAGCCCUCGUUCUUCCAGGACCUCUCCGAGCUAGACAGCUUGAUGAGGCAGCUCACUAUUGCGGCUGGUGGCCGGUUUGGGAACUCUGGGCCGACACGAACACGUCUGACCGCCCUCGACGACCAGCACGCCAAAGUGGUUGGCCAAUGUCUCGUGUACCAGCUGCGUGUUACUGGAGAUAACCUUCGCCAGAAGCUCUGGUCACUCAGGAACCACGACGUUGUACCCGCCGUUUUCUAUGACUUGCUCACCCAAAGGACACCUCCCCUGCAUCUUGGACCCUCUUCCGUGGCAAUGAGCAAGCUGAUGGAGGAGCUUAUGAUCGAUUUCCAGCCAGACCAACUGCCUUUCAGCAUCUUGUUCCAGCUACAGGCUCUGGCUUUCAAUGCCUAUUACCACCCGGGAACAGUUCUAGCACUGGCCAAGCUACUGCGUAGGGUCUUUCUUGAAGACCAGAUGGCUGGCAAGCGGGCAAUCUCGGUUGGCGCUAUUAAAAAGCUGAUGAAGGACACCCCGUGGCCAAAGCCUCAUGGUGAUCCAUCAAUGUUCGAGGUUCACGCAAUCGUGGACUAUCUCCGCGAAGUCGAGGACAAGAUGGCCAGUAACGAAGUGUUUCGGCAAGGACUCAUGGCCCCAACUCAAAACCUGGCGUUGGUCCACAGAGUCACUGUCACGCCGACUCGAAUCACACUACACGGACCCGAACUCGAAGCAAAGAACCGAAUCCUCCGCAAAUACCCGAACCAUCACGAGUACUUCCUGCGGGUCCAGUUCUGCGAUGAGAACGGCGAGGACUUGUAUUUCAACCCCAAGGUCAGCAAUGACAACGUAUACGACAGAUACAGAGAAGUGUUCCGGAAGGGUGUCCUAAUUGCUGGUCGGGAAUACAAAUUUCUGGGAUUCUCCCACUCUUCUUUGCGUUCACACUCCGCAUGGUUCAUGGCUCCUUUCCUCGACAAUGGUAGACCACAAUACCCCUUCGACGUCAUCGGCGACUUGGGUCACUUCAGGAGCAUUCGUUCGCCAGCACGGUGUGCCGCUCGCAUCGGCCAGGCUUUCUCCGAAACGCCCUAUUUUGUGUCACUGGAUGACUUGGGCGUUACUGUCCGCUUAAUGCCAGAUGUACAACGGAAUGGUCGGGUUUUCAGUGAUGGUGUCGGGACCCUGUCUUGGCCAGUGGUUUAUAACAUCUGGGAUGUUAUACCUCAGAAGAAGUCCGCACCAACAGCUUUUCAAGUUCGAUUCAAAGGUUCAAAGGGCAUGCUUGCUCUAGACCCCAGCUUGACGGGGUCCGUGAUACACAUCAGACCGUCCAUGACGAAGUUUGAGAGCAACGACAAGCCUAACCUCGAGAUAUGCGACAUGGCUUCCAAACCAAUUCCUCUAGUCCUAAACCGGCAGAUGAUCAAGAUUCUGGAGGAUAUGGGAUGCACGAGCAUUUGGUUUUUCCGCAUGCAGAACGUGGAACUAUCGAGGCUUCGGGCGGUCACAGCAGAUGCGUACAAUGUGGCCAAGUUCCUGAAGCAUCAGAAUGUCGGUGAAACCAUGCGACUCCACCGCAUGAUCUCACUGUGCGAGAACAUGGGCGUCGACUACCGCAAGGACAAGUUCCUUCGAUCUGUAGUAGAGGCCAUGGUGCUCCGUGAACUGCGCCUCCUGAAGCACAAGGCGAGGAUCCCUGUGCGGAAAGGAAUUACCCUGUUCGGGAUCAUGGAUGAGACCGGAUUCCUCAAGGAGAACGAGGUCUAUGUCACCUAUGGCACGAAGGGUGAUCGCUUCGACGAGCCCCCUGGCCCCGGGCCCGUGAUCGUCACCAGGUCCCCAGCUCUGCACCCGGGCGAUAUCCAACUUCCGUUCAACGUGAUACCUCCUCCGGGAAACCCACUUCGACAAUUGUCGAACGUGAUUAUUUUCAGCCGACACGGUCAGCGUGACCUCCCGUCGCAGUUGUCAGGCGGCGACCUGGACGGCGACAUCUUCAACGUCAUCUGGGAUGAAGAAGUCAUGCCUCAGCAAACGUUCAGCCCCGCAGAUUACCCGCGCGUUGCACCGGUAGACCUUGGUCGCGAGGUUACCACUGAGGACAUGGCGGAUUUCUUCAUUGACUUCAUGAAGUUGGACCACCUCGGUGUCAUCGCAACGCGGCACAUGAUCCUGGCGGACCAGAAGGACGAGGGCACCCUUCACCCCGACUGCACGAAGCUAGCCGAGCUGCACUCAACAGCUGUCGACUUUUCCAAAACUGGCGUUGGCGUGAACUUGAUGGAGUUGCCUCGUGCAAAUAAGUACAGGCCUGAUUUUCUGGCACCAGGUCCGGAAUCCCGUGUCGUGGAUAAAUCUACCAUUGAGCUUGAUGACUACAUCAUAGAGCCAGCCGCCGACGACGAAGAGGACCAGUACAACCGCCAGCGCCACGUCUACUACAAAUCUGAGAAGCUCCUUGGCCACCUGUACCGCGCCAUAGAUGAGCAAAAGAUCUGGCACGAGGACGUCAGAUCCAAAGUACCAGCCGCAGGCGGUUCAUCCUUCUGGGACGAUUUCUUCAUCAAGACCCGCCCGCGCUAUGAGGCCAUCGUCGAGGAGCCACGCGGCUGGGUGGGCCGGCUCGAAACGGCGCGCGAGAUCCGCGGGUGGUACGAGGAGGCGGUGUCCGCCGCGAUGGGCCAGUACUCAGCGCACCCAACCAAGCCGCUAACGGAGCUGGAGGUGUUCAUUGGUAACAUUCUCAACAAGUCCGGGGUACAGACGCACCGGCAGCGCGACAGCAGCAUCAAGCUCAAGGACGAAAUGGACCGCAUCGCGUCCUGGAUCACGGGCCAGAUGCGCAAGGUCAGCCACGACCCGGAGGUCGCGCCCCUGACCGGCUACCAGACCCAAUUCGACAACCUGCACCUGUGUCUUGCGUGCGUGCACGCCGGCUGCGAGGACAACGCAAGACCCCGGGAGAGCAGGUACGAGGACAUGCAGAGCUUCAGGGUCGUGGCGGCUUGUGCUAUGCUGUCGGAGAUUAACUUGUUUGAGAACGGCCAGCACCGCGGUAAUGGCGCAGGUGGCUUCGUUGGCGUUAGUGGCGGACGACGAAAUGCUGCUGCUGCGAUGAAUGGCAAGGGCAGAUAUUCCAUGGUGCCGCCGCCGGCAGAUACUCUUCCGAAUUGA